AGUCAUCCAGUAGCUACCACCUCUUUGAUAUAUUCUCUAUUAUUCUUCUAUAUGACCUAAAUAAAAUUGUUUAUUCUUUUUGAUUUCUACGAUAUAUUUAUAACAACAAUUUCGUCUCUAAACUAUCAUUUCAACUAGUAAGAAUAAUAAUAUCUUGUUUAUUCAUAUAAAUAUUGUAAUAAUUUAUUGAUUUUAACGCAGAAAACAAUUUAUUUAAACAAUUAAUUUUAGCCUUUCAUUUUUGGUAUAUUUGUAUUAAUUAUGUCUUUCUCUAUCUAUCUAUCUCUCUCUCUCUCUCUCUCUCUGUCUAUCUAACUAUAUCUUUAUCUUUUCCUCUUCUAUUCAUUUUCCUUUAUGGUUUACCUACGGCGAAUUUAAUUAAUUAAUCCGAUACUUACCUUUAUCAACUUAGUAUGAGUGUAUUGGAAGUCAUUUCGUGUUCUUUUUCCUACUCCUCCUACACUCCUGUUAUUCUUAGCCUCUUCCACCUUAUUUUUAUAGUUUUUCUACUCUUUUAAUUCUUAUAUAUAUAUAUAUAUAUAUAAGUAUAAUUGUAGUUAUAGCUAUAGCUAUUUUUGGGCUAUAAUAAUGGCAUUUUGCCAAUUUCAGAACAGGCUUGGGAUCUUGAAUUAAUUGUGUUAUGAGCGGUAACGAUAGUUGGUGGCACGAAAAAACAACGGGAACCUCCCCGACUUGGAAAGAUAAGAUUAAAAAAGAGAUUAAGGAGGAUACCGACGAUGAAGAUAACAAAAAUGUAGCCGAGAAACGAAUGAAAAGUGAAUCGUCGAACUUUGGAGCUAGAAGUAGGGAAGAAGAAUUAUGUCUCGUUUGCGGGGACCGAGCCUCAGGUUAUCAUUAUAACGCCUUAUCGUGUGAAGGAUGUAAAGGUUUUUUCAGAAGAUCAAUUACAAGAGACGCUAAGUAUAAAUGUAAAAAUGGCGGCAAUUGUGAAAUGGACAUGUGGAUGAGGAGACGCUGUCAAUCGUGUCGUUUGCGUAGGUGUAAAGAGGUAGGCAUGAAAGAAGAGUGUCUUCUGUCUGAUGAACAAUGCAAAGCUCGUGAUGCUCGAAGGAAAGACAAACGACGCAAGGGUUCGAUAACUAGUUCCGUAGAGCAAUUUAGUCCUGACUCUAAUUCAAUCGUGUCGGAUGAAAAUUAUCAAAGCCCUAUCUCCAAUCCAAUGACUCACGUCAGGAAAGAAUGUCGCCAACUAAUAGAGGAACUAGUCUUUUUUCAGGAUAGAUUUGAACUACCGACCAAGGAUGAUAUCGAAAAAAUUUCUAGAGUAAGGGUUAGUGAUCAAGGCAGGCCAAAAGAUAUGUCAGAUGCUCUAUUUAAAAAUAUGGCCGAAAUGACCAUACUAACUACUCAUUUAAUUGUUGAUUUUGCUAAACAUCUACCUGGCUUCCUGGAUCUGAACAGAGAUGAUCAAAUUACUCUCUUGAAAGGUUCCGCUUGUGAGGUAAUGAUGUUAAGAACUGCUAGAAGAUAUGAUACAGAAACAAAUACAGUGGUCUUUGCCGACGGUAUAGCUCAUACUCAACAGAGUAUGUCAAUGGCAGGUCUUCAUUCCUUUGUUUCGAGUAUGUUUGAAUUUUGUGGUGGUAUGGGACAAUUACGGGUAGAUAAUGCAGAAUACGCUCUGGUUACAGCCAUUAGUAUCUUUACAGAUCGUCCUGGCUUAAAAUUUCCAAAAGCUGUUAUUGAACUCCAGGAAAAAUAUGCUGAGGCCCUGCAGGAAUAUGAUAGAUUCAGAAGAUCUAAAAAAUCGUAUUUUUUUGCUAAAUUGAUUAUGCAAUUAUGUAGAUUGCGUGAAUUAGCAGCCGAACAUUCUCAAGUCAUGUUUUCGCUCAAGGUGGAAAAGGGAUCACUCCCACCUCUACUAGAAGAAUAUUUUGACGUAACCGAUUCAACGGAAAAUCGCCAAAAAGAUUCUUCAUCUCCAACAUGUAGUAAUGCCAACAACAACCUACAAAGUUUGUAA